GCGGCGGUGGCGGUUGGGGCAGCUCGGUUGGGGAAUGGCUUCCUGAGGGAGCGGUGGCGCUCCUGCCGGCCCCGCCUUGAGGCGUUUCGGGCUGGCGUUCCUCGCCCCUCAGGGGCUGUUGGUCCGGAUCCCUGAGGCGUUUUGUGUAAGUUUGGUGGCGGUGGUCUUCUUUGCGAAUAAGAGGGCGGAGUGUGGGGAGGAGUCCGGACUCGGAGAGCCGAGCGGGUUCACGGUUCGUCCCAUUAUCCGGUUCCCCGCUGGCUGGAUCGACGCAGCCCCCUGGCUCUGAGGGGGACGAUCUCGGGCGGCCCGGCAUCCACGCACUUGUUUCUAGAAUAGAAGCGUGAAUAAAUAGGAUUCGCAAGUGCCAUUUAAUCACCAACUUCUGCGAGACAAGUUUUUGAAAAUUUACCUUUCACCGUUUGCUGUUUGUGGUUUACCCGACCAGAUUGUAGAUUCCCUGGAAGACACGAACUCGCCUCUUUUAUUUGCCCCGUGACAUCCAGCGGAGUGGGGUGACACGUAGUCGAUGAUACACAAGAAUUUUUCCUUGAAAGUUGAAGUGAAUAUUGGCAGUUUGAUUGUUUAGCAGAAGAUGUCAUCGCCUAUUCUGUUCCGAGCAUUAAAAGUAUAAUAAAAAUUAAAACGUGAACGCUCACAAUGUGUGGACACUGUAGGAAAUACAGCACAUAGAUAAUCAUGUCUUUAUCACAGAGUCUGUGUAAGGUUAGUGUUUUUAUCUCCAUUUGCAGUUCAGGACAUUGAGGCUGAGCCAGGUAUCUCUGAAUGAAAGGUAGAGAUUACAACCUGUGUUUAUAGACCAGGUUGCUUUGGAAUUGUCUGAGGGAACAAUUUCAGUGCUUCUGAAGUAGCCCAGACCGUGUUUACCAGCUUUGAAGAAGCAGCUGGUUAUCGUGAAGUCCAGAGGGGAAUAGUUUUCCUGGAAAAAAAAAAAUCAAAACCCAUGUUGUUGUGUAGUAGAAUAUUGAAGGUCAAAAUAGCGAAUUGAAUACAUGUGUCUAAUUUUUCUCUGUUUUUGAAUUCUCACUAAACUUACAGUAAAGGGUUUUUUUUUUUUUUUAAAGCCUAAACCCACAAAAAACACAAGGGUGUAGAAAAUGGACAGCACUGAAAUAUCAGGCUCCAGAAAGCAAAUGUCUUCGUAAACCUUAGCUUAAUUCUAAAUGAGCAGUGAGGGAUGCUGCGGAACAAUUUUAUAUAAACUACAGAAUCUUCAAAACACCCAGAAACUGACAACACCGGACACCUCUGGGACUAAGAAUGGAAGGUAGUGGUGCUGAGCCCUGGUGGCCCAGUGGUGAAGAGAUUAGCUGCUAACCAAAAGGUUGCCAGUUUGAAUCCACCAACCGCUCCUUGGAAACCUUAUGGGGGCAGUUCUGUUCUGUCCUAUAGGGUCGCAGAGUCAGAGUUGACAGCAGUGGGGUAUGGAUAGGUGAAAACUGUGUUUGAGAAACAAUUAGAUACCUAGAUUCCCUUCCCCAUUUCACACUUUUGGAUGACUGCCUUUCCCCCGUUAGAAGACUGGAUGCUUAUUCUCUUGAGAAAGCAAGAACUGGGGAACUCCAGGCACAAUUAAUUGUGGGGCUGUGCUUAUGAAAACAGAGAUUAUGUUCACUGAAGGCUCAUUUCCUUCAUCUCCCUUCUCCCACUCCCAGAACUUUUGCAGCCAGACUAUUACCCUUUAGUCUCAAAUAAGAGACUUCUACACACACACACACACACACACACACACACACACACACAGAGUAAAUUCUCAUUAAUCUUUGUUGUUAUGUUCUGUAAAAUUGGGAAAACUGAAUUAGCAAUCAUGGAAAUCAUGGAAACUUUGCUCCUAUGGGAAAUCCAGGAUUGGGUUCCUGCAAGCCUUUGGUCACAUUUUCGUCACCUGAUGAUCACAACCUUGUUUUAUGUGUGUUUUUGUUUAAAGACACUUUAUUUAAUAUAUAUUAUUGAUUCGUUAGCAUUGAACUCAAGGCCAACAGCACUAUAACUCAUACCUGACUAUAACUGAUGCCCGAGUGAAGCUUGCCCAGCAUAUUUUCUCUGUAAGAGACGUCACAGGUUUCUUGUGCUUAGGAACGCUACACGGCACUUCACAAUGCUUGGGGGCCAUUUUAAAUAGUAAAAUUACCAUUGAAAAUGUAAAAAGCAUGGCAGUAAGUAUGCAGCAAAAAGAAGCCUUGUUUAUUGUGUGAGAGCUGAAACAAGAAGGCAAAACAUUCAGCCUUAGCUGGGAAUAUGUAUGUAGGGCAACUCCAAUUUUUUGCUGCUCUAUGCAUGUUCUUAAAUUAUCUCAGAAGCACCACAGCUAUUGGUUUGGGGGUUAUAAAUAAAUUUAGAAAGUAACUAAAUUCACAAACAUGGAAUCUGCAAAUAAUAAGGAUCUACUAUAUAUGAAAUAAUACAUAAUAGGCUAGUGCCAAUGGUUGCUUCUGGGGAGGGAGAGGAACUUGGUGGGUAGGGGGAAAGAGUGUAAGGAGCUUUUCCCACUAUUUACACUUUUAGUUCUUUUAAAAUUUUGUACCAUAUACAUAUAUUAGCUAUUCAAAAAUGAAAUGUAUUCCUUAAAAAAUUAAUUGCAAAUGGAUAUACCCUUGAACACAAUUCCUCUUGCAGGGAUUUAUCUUACAGAUACACACGUGUGAAAUAAUGUAAGUACAGUGCCACUUGUUGCAAUAGUAUGAUAGCAAAAUAUUGGAAACAGUCUCAGUGUUCAUUAGGUUGAUGAAAUAAAUUAUGUACAGCCCUUCCGUGGAAUACUCUGCAAUCAUAAAAAGGAAUGAAAGAAGCUCAUUGUAUAAAGAUAGGAGGCAGUCUCCAAGAUAUACAAGUGGGGGAAAGAAGCCUCAGAAAAAUACACCAAUUCGUAAAAAUGAAAAUAUAUAAAUAUAUACUUAUUUACUUAUAUAUAUAAAAAUGUAAAUGGAAAAUACAUAUGUAAGUAAUUGUAUAUGUAUAGAAUGUCUCAGGAAGAAUACACAAGAAGUAGGUGGUUUGAAGAGGGGAUCUGUGUCGCAAAGCGAAGUGGAAUGAGGGGGACUUCACUUUGUAUUAACUUGGUAUUUUUUGAACUAAAUCACUGUUACCUAUCUAAUAAAUAUUAACAGCAGAAGAAAAUGGGUGAGUAUUUGGGAUCAUGAUAUUGAUAAUAUCCUUUACAAUAAGGUUGCUGGCAGUGAGAAGAAAUGUUACUCAGGUUUCUGCCCUAAUGCUGCGUGACAAACCCAAAUUUUCGGUGACUUGCAGCAUUUCAUGCUUGUGAUUCUUCAGGUCAGCUGUGGUUUAACUGAUCUUGACUAGGCUGGACUCUAGGCUUUAGCUUUGGGUUCAGAUCUGCUCCGUGUAUCUCCAUUUCUGGGACCCAGCAUCAAAAAGCAAAGCUACCUGGGGCAUGCUUUUCUCGUGGCACAGAGUGAGUGUUCUAGGGGGUUAGUGGAAAUUUGCCAUCUCAGCAGUGGCACAUAGAAACACCCACCUAUACUCCAUUGGUGAAAGUAAGUCACAUAACAAAGUCCAGCACCUCAAUACCCCACAGAUGUAUAUGUACUUUGCCUACUGGGAGGCACUACAAAGUUGCAUGACAAAAAGUAUGGAGAUUUAUAUUGCAGAGAGGGGCAAAGAGUUUAGAGCAAUAAUGGUGAUGAUAAUGGAUUAAUACAAAGAUACCAUGAAAUUGAGGAUAGUUGAGAAAAUGCUUUAAAAAAUAUUUAUUGCCAAAAUAAUAGCAUUCUACUUUGAUAUAAAUUAUCUUAAGGCUUCCAUGUCAAGGUAUCACAUUUGUUUAUCUUAUGUAUAACAUCUCAUCGUCAUCCUAGACCUAGAACCAAUUCUAGUGCUCAUAGGAACCUUGAAAAUAAUAAUUAAUUAAUUUAUAUGUAAAAAAAAAAAAUGUAAAGGCCCCAGUUUUUAGAGAAAUAGUUUUAAAUGUGUUUAUUUCAGCUGCUGAAAGUGUUCAUUCAUAGUUUUUGUGUCAUAUCCAUAUCUGCCAACCCACCUUUCACCACAGAAUCUUCUUUUCAGGGAGAUGUCCUUUGCUUCUCAGAUGUAAUGCACUUUAAGUUUGUUACUCAACAGUGAAAAUGAGUCAUACAGAGGUUAAAUUAAAAAUACCUUUUGGAAAUAAAUUACUAGAUGCUGUUUGUUUGGUACCUAACAAGAGCUUAACAUAUGGAGUAAUUCUUACCCAUGGAGCAUCAGGAGAUAUGAAUCUUCCUCAUUUGAUGUCACUGGCAUCCCAUCUUGCAUCUCAUGGUUUUUUUUGCCUGAGAUUUACCUGUAAAGGCCUUAAUAUUGUACAUAGAAUUAAGGCAUAUAAAUCAGUUUUGAAUUACCUAAAGACCUCAGGAGAAUACAAACUUGCAGGUGUUUUUCUUGGAGGUCGUUCAAUGGGCUCAAGAGCGGCUGCUUCUGUAAUGUGUCAUAUUGAGCCAGAUGAUGCUGAUGACUUUGUUCGAGGUCUCAUUUGUAUUUCUUAUCCCCUGCACCAUCCAAAGCAGCAGCAUAAACUCAGAGAUGAAGACCUCUUUCGUAUAAAAGAUCCUGUACUGUUUGUGUCAGGCUCAGCAGAUGAAAUGUGUGAAAAGAACUUGUUGGAGAGAGUGGCGCAGAAAAUGCAAGCUCCUAAUAAAAUCCACUGGAUUGAGAAGGCAAAUCAUUCCAUGGCAGUGAAAGGACGGUCAACCAAUGAUGUUUUCAAAGAAAUAAAUACACAGAUUUUGUUUUGGAUCCAAGAAAUCACUGAAGUGGACAAGAAAUAAUUGUCAUUAGUUAAGAGCCAUGUUAUUUUGAAUACAAAUACAGUUAAUUUGAUAAAUAACAGCGUAACUCUCAGCGUUAUGAGAUAUAGUUCAGACUCAAUGUUUUCUAACGUUUCCCUUGUUUUCUAAAUACGUUUCAAUUGUGAAAUUAAUGUCUUUUACACAAUUUCUUUUGAAAGCACUGUUAUAGUUGUAUAAAGAUGAUGUACAAAUACUGAAGGUGGUCUAAAUAUAAUUUAUUUCAUUAGUAUAGUUAAGUUUUGAAAACUAUUAAAGUUUUGGAUUUUGCUAUGGUUGCGUUUUUGUUUUAUUGCAACUCAGAAAGUAUUCUUAUCUGGAACAGUAACUGGAAAAAAGAAAAACAAAACUUACUAUUUUAAAAUUAGUCAAUCAGUUUUAUGGAGUGUAUACAUUUAUUCCCUGGUGGCCUAGUGGUUAAGUGCUAAAGCUGCAAACCAAAGGAUUCGCGGUUCGAAUCCACCGGGCACCCUUUGGAAACUCUGUGGGGCAGUUCUACUCUGCCCUAUAGGGUCGCUAUGAUUCGGAAUCGACUCGAUGGCAGUGGGUAUAUAAUGGGUAUACAUUUAUUUGCCUAAUCUUUUAAUAAAUCACAGUUGAGGAACAGAAAUGGAGAUAUGCAAAUAUGGGGCUCCUAAGUUGUUUUUAGAAAGAAGUAACAACUUUUACUUGAGAAAUGUUUGCUGAAAGCCUGUUACAGACAAGGCCGCAUCGGGUUUGCAAAGACAAACACCUCCUGGAGGCUAUAGUAUACUUAACUGGUGGAGGUAGAUGUGUGGACCACUCUAAGGGAAGAAUGAAAUAAGGACUAAAGAGUAGGAUUCGUACCUGUGCUGUAAGUAGGCAAGAGUUGGGGUACUUAAUUUUUCCUUGGGAAAUUCAGAUACCACCAGAACUGGACCUUGAAUAGUAUUCAGUUAUAUAUAAAAAGUAUAGUUUCUGUAUUUCACAUAAAGUGCACGAAAUACGAGGCUGGUAUUAUAUAGAGGUUUAUAGUGAGGAGUGGCUUUCUGUGGUAAGAAAUUAACUCCUUUUCCUGGCUUCUCUACUGCUCUUACGGUAGGCUUUCUAGACAGCUUCAAUGUGGCCUGGGCAGCUUGCAGAUUUUUGAGGUCCUCAUUUGUCCUGUCCUUGGGGAGUCAAUGGAUUUUCAUUAUUUUUUGUAUAUUUUCCUAAAUAUCAUUACAUAAAGAACUAAAAGCUAGAUAACAAUAUCCAAAUCAUUCAUAUUAUUAUGAUAGGGUGAAGUUGUAUGUAACUGCAAAUUCAAAACUCCUGUACCACUCAAUAUACAAUAAUUUUUGCCUACAUCAUGUCCUGAACAAGACCUAAAUUAAAAAAAAAAAAAAAAAUGUAUAA